AUGGCCGAACACGCGCUGGAUUGGAUCCGGGACAAGGCAGGAUGGAGUCACACUCCUCCGGUCAACAAGAUCGAUACUCACCACCAUUUCGUGCCGCCGUUUUAUGCACAGGGUUUCAUAACCUCCACCAAUAACUAUGAUCUGGCCGUGGUGUCUGUAACGGCUCCUGGUGCCUGCAUUCUCCCCGAUCGUCAAGCGCGUGCCAAGCUUGCGAGACAGCUGAAUGAGUAUGCGGCAGAUCUCAGAGACAAAGACCCCCAAUCGUUUGGCUUCUUCGUGUCCCUACCCAAUAUCCUGGACACGGAAGACGCGCUCGCCGAGAUAGCCUACGGAUUGGACACUCUAAAAGCCGAUGGAGUCACUCUAUUCACAAGAUAUGGCGACUCCAACACCUAUCUCGGUCAUCCCGAUGUGGAGCCCAUCUGGGCUGAAUUGGACAGACGAGGCUGCGUCGUGUUCGUCCAUCCAACCCACCCAGUCGAUACCAACCCCGUCAAUUCGAAGCUCCCCCAGCCGAGUAUCGACUAUCCCCAUGAGACGACUCGCACUGCGAUGGACAUGAUCACGAACGGUACGCGAUUGAAAUACCCCAACUGCAAAGUCAUCUUGUCCCAUGCUGGAGGAACGUUACCGUACCUCAUCUCCCGCGUCGCAACCCCCAUGCGAAAGGCGCCUGAAUUUGCAGUCGCCCAUCAAUUGGGAACAACCUACGACAAGAUUAUGGAGGCGUUCCGCAGUUUCCAUUAUGAUUUGGCACUCAGCGCGUCCCCGCAGGUGCUGGACCUUCUGCUGAAGAUGGUCCCUCAUGAUCAUAUUUUGUACGGGAGUGACUUUCCGUAUGCGCCAGUGACUGCGUAUCCUGCUUUCCUGCAGGACUUGGAGUCGUACGAGAUGGCUCAGGAAUUGAGGGACAAUAUAAAUUUUGGGAAUGCGAUGAAGAUUUUCCCAAGGUUAGCUGAGAGCCAUGCGCAGCUUUAA